AUGGCCACCGAAAACAUCUCUCUCGUCGUGCAGCCGCGAGGCAAGCCUAUCAAAAGGCUCCCCGCCGACACCUCAAUUGCUCUCACGGACUCGACCGCUGAGCUCUACAAACGCCUCGCUGCGGCCACUGGCACCUCUGUCCAUCGCCUGCGCAUAGCCAAGGGUAGCGAUGGCUCUGUCGUGCCCAAUUCCACAAAGACGCUCGUUGCGCAGACCGGUCUCCGUCAGAAAAGUGCCAUCACGGUCAAGGAUCUGGGGCCUCAGAUUGCCUGGCGCACCGUUUUCCUGACCGAGUAUGCGGGUCCCAUCCUCCUCCACCUGCUGGUGUGGUACCUCCGGCCGUACAUCUACCCCACACCCACUCUGUCUCCGUCCUCCAUCCCAGAGCCCACCGACCUGCAGCAGCUCUCGUUGAUCCUCGUCGUCGUCCACUUCGUCAAGCGCGAGCUCGAGACCAUCUUCGUGCACCGCUUCUCGAACGCGACCAUGCCUGCCUUCAACAUCUUCAAGAACUCGGGUCACUACUGGCUUCUUUCGGGCCUGAACCUGGCAUACUUUGCGUACGGAACCUCGUACAGAACAAUUGGGAGCAACUUCCUCGCCGUCAAUGUCGCCGUCGCCCUGUACGUCAUUGGCGAGCUUGGCAACCUAUCCACGCACUUGACCCUCCGCGGCCUGCGCCCUGCCAAUGACCCCACCGCCCGCGGUAUCCCCAAGGGCCUCGGCUUCAGCUGGGUGACCUGCCCCAACUACCUGUUCGAGAUCAUUUCUUGGUGCGGCGUGUGGCUUGUCAAUGCUUUGAUCAGCACGCCCGCCUUCUACGCCACGGGCCUCUUCGUGCUGGUCGCGGGCGCACAAAUGGCCGCGUGGGCGGCGAAGAAGGAAAGGAGAUACAGGAAGGAGUUUGGCGCGGCGUACAAGCGCAAGAGCUACGUGAUGAUCCCCUUCAUCUACUAG